AUGACGACAUUAUUGGCAUCUCUGCAAAGAGAAAAAGCAAAAAUAAAAAAAGUAUGGAAACAGGAAAAGGUGGAAGCUACCGAUUCCGAUUGUGGUGUAAACGCGAUGGUCAAUUACACCCUGGCCGGCGGUCAGCUGGAGAACGAACAGUUCCUGGUGCGCAGUGAUACGGGGGAUAUUUGCGUCCGAUCGCCUCUGGACAGAGAAACAGUGCCUUAUCUGGAACUGCCUGUCAUUGCCACCGAUAGAGGGGGAUUGAGUACGAUAGCGAUCGUGCGCAUCCAGGUGACGGACGUGAACGACAACCGGCCGAUUUUCAAGCCGCAGCAGUACAACGUGACCCUGCGCAGCGACGGCGUGAUGUACAAUCCGAUCUUGAAGGUGGUGGCGACCGAUCUCGACGCCGGCUUCUUCGGUCAGGUCGCCUAUCGCAUCACCAGCGGCAACGAGGGCGGGGUCUUCGAAAUCAAUCGCGAUACCGGCGAGAUGAGGGUGUCACGGUCAAAUCUGCUGUCGCGCUCACCGUUGUAUCAAAUCAACGUCACGGCGACGGACGCGGCCGGCCUGAGGAGCAUCGUCGACGCCGAGGUCAAGAUCACCGUCUCCUCCGCGGGGCACAGAAUCGCCACUUGCGAGAAACCGUGCUACACCGUCACGGUCAAGGAGAAUAUCUCGCAAAACACCGCUAUCGACGGCAUGAAGAACACCGCGACAGCGUCAUCUUCGUCAACGGGCGAACGACCAAGCAGGUUUUAUCUGGCAAGGGAAGAAGCUGAUCUCUCGUUGGAUCCCAAUACGGGGACGCUGAGGAUUCGACAGCCGCUCGAUCGGGAAUCACGUGACAAAUACAUUCUCAGCAUCGAGGCACGUAAUGCCGGCUCCGUUGGAUAUUGCCAGAUGGAAGUGAUCGUGGAGGACGUGAACGACAACGCGCCGUCGUUUCGCACGAGUACCGUCCGCAUCUCGGUGCCGGAAUCGCACCCACUCCACGUACCCCUGUACGUGGCGCACGCUACCGAUCCCGACAUCACGUCGUCGCAGUCGAUGCGCUACGUUCUCCGUCAGAACAGCAACAAUCUAUUCGGGAUAGUCGAGCGUACCGGCGAGCUCUACUUGGCGAAACGAUUGGAUUACGAGACCCAGCAGAGGCACAGCCUCCUGAUAAGUGCCCUGGACGGCGCCGAGCUCUCGUCUAACCUCAGCCUGAGCGUCGAGGUGCAGGACGUGAAUGACAACCCCCCAGUGUUUGAGAGGAACGAGUAUCACGUGGAGGUUCCCGAAGGCGCCAGGCUCGAUUCCCAGAUUCUUCAGGUAAUGGCACUCGAUCAGGACACGGGAAAUAACGCGAGAGUGAGCUAUCGUCUCCAGGGCUCCACCGCUUUUCGCAUCAGCCCCACCACUGGCUGGAUCUACCUGGCGCAGAGUUUGGAUCGCGAAACUCUCGAUCGGCACGCCUUGACGGUUCUCGCGACUGACAAUGGAUCACCCGCGGCGACCGCGAGUGCCUCCGUGCUGGUGAUGGUCCUGGACGACAACGACAAUGAUCCGCAGUUCGAAAAGGACUUCUACGGAUUCGAGCUGCUUGAGAAUCUACCUUCGGGCACUCUGGUGGGUUCCGUGAGCGCCAACGAUCCCGAUCUCGGCAAGAACUCGCUUCUCAGAUACGCAGUGGUCCAAGCCAACAGCAGCUUCGCCGUCGAUCCCGACACAGGCGAGAUCACCACGUGCGAGCCGCUCGAUCGUGAAACGAAAAGCGUCCACGAGCUGGUUCUGGAGGCGCGGGAUCAAGGGACACCGUCGAGAGCCGCCCGAGUGUCUCUGAAGGUCACGGUCCUGGACGUCAACGACAACUCGCCUGAAAUCGUCGAUCCUCAAGGGGCUCAGGUCAGCGUCAGGGAGGAGCAGCCACCGGGAACGGAGAUCGCCAGAGUGCGGGCGCUGGACACGGAUCUCGGGGAAAACGCCUCGGUGACGUACAGCAUCACGAAAGGCCGAGCCGAUUCGGACGGCUACAAUGUCUUCACCAUCGACCCGAUCACCGGCAUGAUCAGGACCAAGGCCAUGCUCGAUCACGAGGAGUGCAAAGAGUACCGGGUGUCCGUAAGGGCGGCCGACGCCGGUCAUCCGCCGCGACAUAGCGAGCGCGUGUUGCAAAUCGAAGUUCUGGCACUCGCGGACAACCGGCCGACCUUCACCAGCAGCAGUCUUACCUUUAACGUGCGCGAGGAUGCAAGUAUCGGGCACACAGUGGGGUCAGUAUCGGGAGCGGGUCCCGCGGGUCGCGUGGCCUUCACCUUGGACUCGCUGACGCCGCUCAACGAGUUUCCAGCUUUCGACGUCGACCGCAACUCGGGCCAGCUAGUAGUCGCUCACUCGCUCGAUCGCGAGAAUGUAAGCGAGUACCAUUUGAAUGUCCGCGCAUUGGACACGACCUCGCUCGGGAAUCCUCAGAGCAUCGCUAUUUCCGUGAAGAUCGUCAUAGAGGACGCCAACGAUAAUUCGCCGAGUUGGCCGCAAGAUCCGAUAAUUGUUCGCGUGUCCGAGAAAGCGACAAUUGGCUCCACCAUUUACAAUCUCACGGCCAGUGACCUGGAUAGCGGCUUGAACGGAGAACUCAGGUACGGCCUCGUAGCCGAGUUCCCACCGAAGGGUUGCUUCGCCGUGGACUCUCUCACUGGCGCUUUGACCCUGGCCAAGCAAUUGGAUAGAGAAGAGAGAGCGGAAUAUAUUCUGAUUCUUAAGGCAUCAGACCGGGCACUGCCAGGAGAACAAUUAGCUUCCACGGUCACCGCAAGGAUCAUCGUCCUUGAUCAGAAUGAUAAUGAUCCCGUCUUCGUCGCGCCAGAGUUCACCAAGAUAAACGUCGCGUCGAAUCUUCUGCCUGGUGCUAGCUUGGUAAGAGUCGUUGCCGUGGACAAGGACUCCGGCGACAAUGGUCGGAUAUCUUACGUGAUAACCUCGGGCAACGAGGAGUCGCGGUUCACAGUGGGCUACGAGUCGGGUAUCGUAAGUCUCGUGAAACCCAUCACGAAGCCCGCGAACCUCGAGAUUACGGCCAACGAUCACGGAUCGCCACCACGUAAGGCCGUGCUGAAGCUGAGUCUGAACCCGGUGGCGGCGCAGCCAAGCGGACCUCUUCGGCUACUGUUGUCUAACCCGAUCGUCAAGAUUUCCGAGAACCUUCACGUCGGAUCGCACGUGGUGAACGUUGCAGGGCCAGCAAUUGCGGAUCAAGGUAACGUCACCUUCAGCAUCCCGAGCGACGUAGCGUCGAACAAAUUCGCCAUAGCACCCACUGGUCAAGUCACUCUUCGGAGUCCCUUGGAUCGCGAAGAGGUUGCGCGUUACUCAGUCUCCAUCUUCGCGAGGUCCAGCAAGCUUCUGGACAUCACGACUCUGGAAGUGAUAGUGAUGGACGAGAACGAUAACAGCCCGGAAUUUCGGCCGGGUUCCUGCUACACUCUUGCCAUACCGGAAAAUCAGGAAACUUCCGUGAUCCACACCGUAGCUGCGACCGAUCUUGACGAAGGGUUGAACGGCGAGAUCUCCUACAGUAUCGUAGGCGGCAACAUCGGCGCUAAAUUCGCGCUAGAUCCAAUCACGGGGUCGAUGUCGAUGUCGAAUCUGGAUCGUGAGACCGUGCCCAAGUACGUCCUGACGAUUUCGGCCAAGGACAAGGGACGGCCGAGCCGCGAAGCGCGUUGCAACCUCACCGUGGUCGUGCUGGAUAUCAACGAUAACGCGCCGACCUUCGUGCAGAAUCAGUACACCGGGUCCAGUUCGCACAAUGGUUUCCCGUACGGAUCGUCGAACUAUCCGGCGAAUUACCAUCACGCGAAGUACGUGACGACUAUUUCGGAGGACGUCCCGCCGGACUCGAGCGUGAUGUCCGUGAAGGCGACCGAUCCGGACCAAGGGGUAAACGGCAAGAUUACGUACGCCAUCUUCGAGGAGACUAGUUGGCUCUUCAGGGUCGACAACCUGACCGGCGUGGUUACUACGGCUGGCCCACUGGACCGUGAACGCCAAAGCAGCUAUACCUUCUUUGUGGUCGCCACGGACAGCGGCAGAUACGACGCGAAAAACACAUCGAUACCCGUCGAGAUCAAUGUCAGCGACGUGAACGAUAACGCGCCAAUUUUCGAGGAGUACCCCUUCCGGGCACGCGUGCCCAUCGGCACGCAGCCGGGUCAGAACAUCCUCCGGGUGUCGGCCAAGGACGCCGACGAUGGCGCGAAUGGCGACAUCGUGUACUCGUUGAUAAACGAACAGGAGAAACCGAAAUUUCGGAUACACCCCAGCACCGGCGAGGUAACGACAAGCUUAUCGUUGUCGCAAGAUAACGGCCGGACGUACCACCUGGAGGUGUUGGCUCAGGACAAGGGUAACCCGCCGAAGAGCGCCAAGGGUUUGAUCGAGCUCCAGGUCGGCGAUCUCGCGGACCUGACGCCCAGCCUGAAAUUUCAGAAUGACACGUACAACGUCGUCGUUCAGGAAAAUGCGGCGGCCGGCACGGAGAUCAUUAAGAUCACCGCGGUGCGCAGCGACGGCAGGAGGCAGCGCGUCACCUAUUCGAUCGCGUCCGGAAACGACUAUGAUACCUUCGCGAUCGACGAAAACACCGGUCAGCUGCGCGUCAACGAUCCCACCAGGCUGGACGCGGAGCUUUGGAGCGACUUGACGAUAAAACCUGAUAACGAAUUGCCGGACGACACGGCGCGCACCAAUUCGUGGGGUAGAUCCUUGGAGGGCCAGCAACCGAAGGAAGAGCCCAGAGAGAGUUCGAGGCACAUUCUCAGCGUAGCGGCGAGGACGGCGGGCCAGGAGGUUCUGGAAGCGUACGUCAAAGUGAUCGUCAGGAUGACCGAUGUCAACGAUAACCCACCGAUCUUUACGCAAACACAGUACUCGGCUACUGUACUCGAGGGCAAUGCCAAAGGAGAUUUUGUCGUGAAGCUUUCAGCAAGUGAUGCAGAUCAAGGACUGAACAGCAGAAUCUUAUAUCAUAUUGUGGACGGUAAUCCAGAUAAUGCCUUCACCAUAAGCCCGCCGUACAGCGGAAUCGUGCAGACCAAUAUAGCCCUAGAUCGUGAGAUCCGCGAGAAGUAUAGAUUGACUAUCAUCGCGACCGACCAAGGAAACCCACAAUUAACUGGCACAGCUGCAUUGAGCGUGCGAGUAAUCGAUGUCAAUGACAAUCAGCCUACCUUCCCGGAACACAGUAUCAUUUCAGUCUCUGAAGGUAAGUCACGAGAGCCGUUACUAUUCUACCUUGAAAAACUUUUAAGCUUUACGAAAUAGUAGGAUAUGACAUGU